AUAAUUAGCAUUACGUUAUUGGCAGCGGAAAGAGGCACACGCCAUCUUAGUCAUUUUACAACCGUUGUAAUAUUUUCAGCGAAGAUAAUAACAAAACAUGACAGAAACGAAUAAGAAUACUUCAAAUAACAAAGAAACCGAUAAAGUCAUAAAGCAGCUAUCAGCCAAAAUAAAUAAAGAACCAAAGAAUGCAGAAAACUUUUUCAAAAGAGCCCAGCAAUAUUCCAAGAAAAAGGACUAUGAAAAUUGUUACAAUGAUGCUAAACAUGCGUUAGAACUAGACGAAACCUUGAUUGAGGCAGCCAUUCUUGGGGGCGAAGCAGCUACAAAAUGUGGGAAGUUCCAGGGAGCACAUAGCAUAUUUUCUAUCGGCUUGAAACAAAACAAAAAGAACGAAAACCUGAUACAAGGCCUGCAAAAGUUGCAAAGAGCAAUCGUCGACUCUUACGAUACAGAGGACACAUCAGAACAAGGGUACAACGCCGUGGACCUCUGUACACAGAGUCCGUAUCCUGGCGAUGACCAAUUAUUGAAUUUAGAGAAGGAAAUUCUGGACAGAAGGCAUGACAUUAGGGAAGUUCCAAAAUUACCGAAGAAAGAAAUAGAUCCAGAUCUUAGACAAAGGGCAGCACAAGCCGCAAUGGCUGGUCACAAAUGUAUGAUCGCAGGAAAAUUUAGCGAGGCUCUAGAAAGUUUUUCGUAUGCGGUUGACAUUGAGACAGACAAUAUCAUACUAAGACGUCUCCGAGCUGAGGUAUACUUUAUUAACCAAGACCCAGUCAGCGCCAUGAAAGACUUAAUGCAUAUACAGAAACCAGAGAGAUCAGCUGAUGCCUGGAAGUUAGGAGGAAAAUUGCUAAUGGAGUUCAAACUUCCUGUGUUGGCUGAAUUUUGGCUAAGAAAAGCAUCUGAGAUGGUGAAAGGUAAAGACGAAGAGACCGCUAUUUGUUUUCAGAAAGUGCGAGCUCAUCGUUUGUAUGACCCUUUGACAAAAGACAUGCCAAUCAGUGUGGAUUUCACAAUGUAUGGAAAAGCAAUAUUUGCUGUCAAAGAUAUAAAAGCAGGUGACAUUGUAUUUUCCGACGCUCCUAUUGUGACGACACCAUACGUAACAGAAGACAAAAAGCAGGUGGUAAAAGGUUGCAACCACUGUGGUACUUCACUUAUGACUGCACGUGACUACUUCCAAGAAAAACUGGACAAUAUGGAUGCAACCGCAAAAGAAGUCGUUGAAAAUAACUGGCCCGUAACCAAACCAGUAGUCUGCUCGGAAUGUAAACUGGUUACAUAUUGUAGCAAUAUUUGUAAAAAUACAGCGUGGGAAAGACACCACGAACUGCUUUGCCCAGCAAGAUCGAAAGCAACGAAGAAGUUGUAUGACAUCGACCAAAACAAGGGAUGGGGAACUGAUGUAGAUGGGACAUGGAAAGAAUUGUGGUCGGGGCACUUUUCCAUAUAUAUUUUGGCAAAGAUCUGGGCAAACAUUGCAGCAGACGUCAAAUUGUGGAUGAAACAGGAUGGAAAAGAUGUACCAGAAAUGAUUCACUGGGCUAAAGCUAAAGCCCCCUUCAGGAAGUUUAUUGCAUUUGGAGUUGGUUCAGCUGCAAAGGAGAUGCCUUACGUAUUAAAGGUAAUGAACGAUAUAUUUCGUGACUGUGGGGACGGAAUUAAGAUGGACAUAACAGAACAAGAAUUGAAUGGAAGGUAUUACCAAGCUGCCUGCAAUCUUCAGAUUUACUCAGAUCCGAUCACACCGUAUCACAAAUUCUAUGACAAUUUGUCUAAUUUUAAUCCCGAAGAUCCGAAGGCGUUGUCGAUUUUGAAAUAUCUGGACGACAAAAUUCCGAGUGCAUCAUUUGCUGGAAUGUUUCCAUUGCACGCAUGCCUAAAUCACUCAUGUGUGAACAACGUGGAAGUAAGUGACGGGGAAGUGAACGGAGUUCCAGGUGUUUCCGUCCGAGCUAAAGCAGACAUCAAAGAAGGCGAGGAACUAACAACAACGUACAUUGACACUACCAUGCCAAGACGGCUAAGACGUGCAUGGAUGUACAAAUCUUUCAAUUUCUGGUGUCAAUGUCCACGUUGUCAGUUCGAGGGAGACGAUGCGUAUUCCUGUACAAAUUGUAAGAAGAGAGCAGGCGACACAUCAUUUAAAGGAUGUGGGAAAUGUCAUCGUGCAUGGUACUGUUCUUCAGAAUGUCAGAAGAUAAACUGGAAGGAAGGACACAAAUUAGUUUGUGGUGUGACUCAUUCCAAAGCAGAUUACAGUUGAUACCAAUCAUAUCAAACAUUUCAUAUCCAUGGAAACGUACACGUUAAAAAUGUAACUGUUUUUUUCUUGACAUUUUUAAGAUGUUUCAACGAAAGAUUUAUUGUUUAGUUUAAGUUAUUAUCACAUUUCUUAGGGAACGGAAGUAUCAUAUACCAAGGCGUGUUUCAUUUCGAAAACGAAAGGUUUACAAUGAAGGAACAUAUACCAAAUAUUUAGUAUUUUAUUUAUGGUUGGUUUGGUGUUUGUUUCUAAAAAGAAACUACUGAUAAUGUUCGAAUUUCUGUUUGUGUUGACUUUACCAUUAAAAAUAUAUUUACCAAAA